UCCGUGUCAUUCAAGGAUGUGACUGUAGACUUCACCAGGGAGGAGUGGCAACAAUUGGACGUUGCUCAGAAAAAAUUGUACAGGGAUGUGAUGCUGGAAAACUAUGCCAACUGGGUCACAGUGGGGCAACAAAUUCCCAAACCAGAAGUUAUCUUUAACUUGGAGCAAGGAGAAGAGCCAUAUAUAUUGGAUGAUGGUGAAAUCGCAAAUCAGAGCUGGCUAGAUGGGGAUAUUGGAUUGGAAACUUCACAUCAGGGAAUUUCUGAAGGUUUGUUCCAGUCUAAGGAAGUUAAUCAAUUCACAAGAGAUGACUCAUUGAAAUCUAUUUUACAAGAAUUGUGGAAAGAUGAUGAGUGGGCAGGGAGAUAUGAGGAAAACCAAAACAAACUUUUAAAUCAUGUUGCCUUCAUCAACAAGAAAAUCUUAACUAAUGAGAGAGGCUUUGAAUAUACGGACAUAGAAAACAUAGCUUAUGUAAACACAGACCUUAUUCCUUCAAGAAAAGGACUCCAUAACUGUGACUCAUUAGGAAAGAGUUUGAAGCCUAUUGUAAACUUACAUAAUCAUAAUAGAAACAGUACAAUAGAAAAAAUUGAUAAGAUUGUUGAGUGUGGUAAUUUUAUUCAUGUGACUUCUCAAACAGAAACCAAUGCUUGUGAAUGUAAUCAAUGCGAGAAACUUGUGAGUCAUAACCAAGCUGUCAUUCAGCAUCAGAAAAUUCAUACUGAAGAAAGCAUUUUAUUUUCUGACUAUAUAAAGACUUUCGCUCAGAAGUCACAUGUUUAUGUACAUCAAAAUAUUUGUAUUGAAGAAAAACACCAUGAAUGCAGUAAUUGUGAGAAAAUCUUCACUCAGAAGCCCCAACUUGGGUUAACUGAGAAACUUUAUGCAGGAAAGAAACCUUAUAUAUGUAGUGAAUAUGGGAAGGAAUUUUCCCUUGAUUCAAACUGUCAGAAAACUUAUGCUGAGGAGAAUCACUAUAAAUGCAAUAGAUUUGGGAAAGCCUUUAUCCAGGAGUCAGAUCUGUUCAGAUUUCAGAGUUUUGAUACUGAAGAAAAACCUUAUAAAUACAGUCAAUGUAGGAAAAACUCUCAGAAUUCAGACCUCAAUAUACACAAAAAAUGUUUUACAGGAGAGAAAUAUUUUGAAUGUACUGAAUGUGGAAAAGCCUUCACAAGGAAAUCAACACUAAGUUCGCAUCAGAAAAUUCAUACAGGAGAAAAACCCUCUGUCUGUACUGAAUGUGGAAAGGCCUUUAUCUGGAAAUCACAUUUUAUUACACAUGAGAGAAUUCAUACUGGAGAGAAACCUUAUGAUUGCAGUGAGUGUGGAAAAUCCUAUAGUAAGAAAUCACAAUUCCUUGUGCAUCAGCGAACUCACACAGGAGAGAAUCCCUUUAUAUGUUCAGAAUGUGGGAAGGUCUUAACCCACAAAACAAACCUCAUUAUACACCAGAAAAUUCAUACUGGGGAGAGGCCCUACAAAUGUACUGAAUGUGGGAAAGCUUUUACUGACAGGUCAAAUCUCAUUAAACACCAAAAAAUUCAUACUGGAGAGAAACCUUAUAAAUGCAGCGACUGUGGAAAGUCAUUCACCUGGAAGUCACGGCUCAAGAUACAUCAGAAAUGUCAUACUGGAGAGAGACAGUAUGAGUGUAGUGAAUGUGGGAAAGCAUUCAUCCAGAAAUCAGCACUAAAUAUGCAUCAGAGAAUUCAUAGAGGAGAGAAACCCUAUGUUUGUACUGAAUGUGGGAAGGCCUUCUUCCACAAGUCACAUUUUAUUACACAUGAAAGAAUUCAUACUGGAGAGAAACCAUAUAAAUGUAGUAAUUGUGGGAAAUCUUUCACUAAGAAAUCACAACUCCAUGUACAUCAACAAAUUCACACUGGAGAGAAACCCUAUAUAUGUGCUCAAUGUGGAAAGGCUUUCACUGACAGGUCAAAUCUCUUUACACACCAGAAAAUUCACACUGGAGAGAAACCCUAUAAAUGCAGUGACUGUGGAAGAGCCUUCACUCGGAAGUCAGGCCUCCAUAUACAUCAACAGUCUCAUACUGGAGAAAGACAUUAUGAGUGCAGUGAAUGUAGGAAAGCCUUUGCAAGAAAAUCAACACUAAUUAUGCAUCAGAGAGUUCAUACAGGAGAAAAACCCUAUAUUUGUGCUGAAUGUGGAAAGUCCUUCAUCCAGAAGUCACACUUAAAUAGACAUAGGAGAAUUCAUACUGGAGAGAAACCCUAUGACUGCAGUGACUGUGGGAAGUCCUUCAUUAAGAAAUCACACCUCCAUGAACAUCGUCAAAUUCACACAGGAGAGAAACCGUAUAUAUGUGCUGAAUGUGAAGAGGCCUUCACCAUCAAAUCAAAUCUGAUUAAACACCAGAAAAUUCAUACUAAACAGAAAGCUUAUAAAUGUAUUGAUUUUGGGAAAGCCUUAAACUGGAAGCCACAACUGAGUAAGCUUCAGAAAUCUGAUUCUGGGGAAGUAAACUGUCCAAUACCGUAAUCAUGGUGUGGAGAUGCAAAAGGUAAUCAAGGCCAACUCUCCUCUUGCUAG